CCACCUGUGCCCAGCAGUGCGCCCACUAACUCCGCCCACCUGUGCCCAGCAGUGCACCCACCUGUGCCCAGCAGUGCAUCCACCUGUGCCACCCAGCAGUGUCACACAAGUGUGCCCAGAAAUGCCACCUACCUGUGCCCAGCAGUGCCACCCACCUGUGCCCACCAGUGCCACACACCUGUGCCCAUCAGUGCCACACACCUGUGCCCAUCAGUGCAGCCCAGCAGUGCUGCCAGUCAGUGGCACCAGUCAUCAGUGCCACCUAUCAAAGCUGUCUAUCAGUACCCAUCAUCAGUGUCGCCUAUCAGUGCCGCCUAUCCGUGCCACCUCAUUAGUGCUGCCUAUCAGUGCCCUUCAGUG